AUGGACUUUGUAUUCGCCCUUGGAUCAAACGGCUCAGGUCAACUGGGCAUAGGCCACAAAGAAGACAUCUCAGUACCCAAGCCGGCACUCUUCUCCUCGGCAGCAGGCGAGCUCUCGGCUCACCCACCGUCGCCAAUCGUCAAGGUCGCGGCCGGCGGGAAUCACACCCUGCUCUUGGCCGAGAAUGGCGAAAUAUACAGCACCGGCGAUCCGGCCUCCGGAGCAUGCGGACUCAAGUCAGCAGCAGCGGCAGGAGACGCAGCCGAGGCAGGCCAAUCACGACCGCCCGUCUUCCACAAGAUCCACCUGCCCGCCGAGCAAAUAUCCCAAGUUCCGGACCGACUGGUCGCCGCCACCUGGGAGGCGUCAGUGAUCACGGGACCCGACGAGCAAGGCCGGGGGAACAGGCGCGUGUACAGCUUCGGGUGCGGCAGCAAGGGCGAGCUCGGACAGGGCCCUCUCAUCAUCCGUCUCCCGUUCGCCCAGCCGAUUGCAAACUUCCCACCGCCAGGGACCGAGGUCGUCGGCCUGUCGGCCUGCAUGGGCCACGUCGUCGCCGUGCUGAGCAACGGGGACGCCUACGGCUGGGGUAAUGGGCGAAAAGGGCAGCUGGGCGCGCCGGCAGGCGUCGUCACCGAGCCCCGCAAAAUCGAGGGCGUUCCCUUCAAGGUGGUUAAGGCUGCUUGCGGCAAGGAGUUCACCUGCCUCGUCGGGGAGCCUGGCAGUGGAGAUAUCGCCGUGAUAGGUCUGGACAAAUGGAGCGUGCAAUCUUCUGCACCAACUUCGGUGCCGGGUUGGCGAGACCUGCAAGCUAGCUGGGGUAACAUCUACGUCUUGCAAGCCGACCGGAGCAUCCUCAGCUGGGGUAGGAAUGACCACGGACAACUGGCGCCAUCGGGGCUGCCCAGAAUGUCACAGAUUGCGGUCGGCAGUGAGCAUGUCGUCGCCAUAGACGAGGCACGCGAAACUGUCGCUGCCUGGGGUUGGGGUGAACAUGGAAACUGUGGUCCUGGUCCUCAAGUUCAAGGUGACAAUUCACAAGGGAAAACUGGGUGGACUGUCAUCGCCUCCGCCAAACAUAUUCCCCCUGGUUCCUCUAUUACAGCUAUUGGUGCUGGUUGCGCCACCAGUUGGGUUAUGAUUGGAAAACAUGCUAGCUAA